GUUUUCACACGUGUAACCAUGGAACCCCCACGUAAAUCUUCCCUUUUAUCCUCUUACAUUUCUCAACAUUUCUAAUAUAAUCACUCCCUUCUAAUAUCCCUGACUGAUUUCCUGGUUUUUAUCCAUCUUCCACUUCCUUGCCUUGCUUAACCUUUUCUGUUCAUCUCACAUUCCAUUUCCAAGGAGAAUAUUGUGACAAUGACGAGUGAUACCUCAUAUUACGAUAUAUUGGGUGUCAAGGUUAGUGCAUCCGCAGCUGAAAUCAAGAAGGCUUAUUACCUCAAAGCAAGGCAAGUUCAUCCCGAUAAAAACCCCGGAGAUCCAAAAGCCGAUGAAAAAUUUGCUGCACUCUCUGAGGCUUAUCAGGUAUUAAGUGAUCCUGACAAACGUGAAGAUUAUGACAAAAAUGGAAAGGAUGGAAUCAUACCAGGCUCCAUGUUGGAUCCUUCAGCUGUAUUUGGGAUGGCUUUCGGAAGUGACUACUUCGAUGAAUACGUAGGCACACUAGCAAUGGCUACUUUGUCAUCUCUUGAAGUUGAAUUUGAAGAAAGUUUAGUAGAUAAGGAAGCUCGUACACAAAAAAUUAGGGAAAAGAUGGAGGUAUUGCAGAAAGAAAGGGAAGACAAGCUCAUCGUAACACUGAAAAACCGGCUUCAGCCGUUCCUCGAUGGUCAGACGGAUGAGUUCAUUUAUUGGGCAAAUGGCGAAGCACAACGACUUUCAAAAGCUGCUUUUGGUGAGGCAAUGCUACAUACUAUUGGGUACAUUUACAUAAGGAAAGGUGCCAGCGAACUCGGCAAAGACAAGCGGUAUAUGAAGGUACCCUUUAUAGCUGAAUGGGUGCGUGAUAAAGGGCACCGUGUGAAAUCACAAGUAAUGGCAGCUUCAGGUGCUGUUAAUUUAAUUCAGAUACAAGAAGAGCUAAAGAAAGUGAACCAAGGAGAAAAAAAAGAUGAAAACUUAAUGAAAGCCUUGGAAGAUAAAAGGGAAGCCAUGCUUCAAUCCCUUUGGAAGGUCAAUGUGGUUGAUAUUGAAACAACUUUGUCCCGUGUCUGCUUAGCCGUACUUCAAGACCCUGAUGCAUCCAAGGAUGUUCUGAUUUUACGAGCCAAAGCAUUGAAAAAACUUGGAUCCAUUUUUCAAGUAUGCUCUUCCGAGGAGUCUUGUAAUUCAGCUUGAUUUUUGAGUUUUUGUUUUGAAUCGCACAUAUAUAUAUAGGGAGUGAAAGUUCGUUAUAGUAGAGAAGACAGCCUUCGCCAUGAGAUUGAUUGUUGAUGUCUUUUUCAUAGAGAUGGAGGUUCACAUGGUGCCUGACGGCCUCUGAAGGAAGAGACAGGUUGAAAUGUUGGUUGGAGAAUAAGUUGAGCAGAGUAACAGUAGGUACAUCACCGAACUAGUGUUGAUCAUAAGGCUUAGCUAUCAUUGUCAUGAGGGACUCUCGACGUGUGCACAGUGAUUUGAUUGGUGAGGGUUUGUAGUUGUAUUGUGUAUCCCCGAGUGAAUCUCGACGUCAUUGUUGAAGGUUGGCCCAUGAUGAGUACGAGGCUAGGCCAUGGCCAUGCCUCCAAUGUUGGUUGUCAUUUGGUUGGCAAUUAGGCCCCGAGUCGCUUCGCCAACUUACCUUUGCCAGGUUAGUGAGGUGUCUUUGGGGUAUGAUUUAGUGGUUUCAGCUCGUUUCAAUUUUGGGUCUAACAAUUGCCUUCUUAGUGACCUAUUGAAGAGUCACCUACUAUUACUAUGUUCAACUUCACCUGCGACCAACAUUUCAACCUAAUCUCUUCCUUUAAAGGCUAUUAGAGCUAGUUUAGGAAUGCUUUUCAAAUACUUUUGAGACAAAAAAAAAAUACUCUUGGGACAAAAUUAUUUCUAAACAAGCUGCUUUUUUAGAGAAAAAGUGCUUCUCUCAAGCCAAAAAUUAGCCCAAAAAUACUUUUUUUCAGAUGAAAAUUUUAACUUCUCCCCAAAAGUGUUUUUUUUCUCAAAAAUAAUUUUAAGAAGCAUUUCUAAACUAAGCAUUAGACACCAUACAAACCUCCAUCUCCAUCAACGACAUCAAUAGUGAAAAAGUUGGUUUCUCGGCAUAGUCAUCUCGAUACUUGAUGGAUAUCCAUUUCUUUGUCGAUACAUGUGUUUGGCUAGAACAUUGAAGUUGUUGGUUUGUUUGUUCUUGUACAAUGUGUUGAAUUUUUUAAAGUAUGAUGGUCUUAAUUCAACAACAUAUUGAAUUUCAAGCAA